UUAUUUGUUAUUUAAGUUUUUUAUUACAAAAAAGGACAAAUAUAUUACUGAAAUAAAGAUAGUGGACAAAAAUAUGACUUAGUGACUACUAAAUAUACUAUAGUGACUAUGAUUGUGUUGAACUCUAUCACUAUAGUGACUAUGCAUAGUAACUAUAAUAAUAUUUUUGUCCGAUUAUUAUAUUUCAGUAAUAUUUAUGGAAAAUCCUCUUUUUGUUACUCUACCAAAAAUAAAAUACUUUCUUUCAUUUUUUCUAUUUCCACGAAAUUAAAUAUCAUCUUGCUGAUAUUUUUUCACUUUUUUCACUUUUCUAAACUAAUUUCGACCACAUUAUAUUUACUUUAAUAAAAACUUCCAAAGUCAGAACACUAAGUCAAAUAAGGAUAUUGAAAUUAGUAUUAAGAACCUCUCUCUUUUUGCGGGAUGGAGAAGUGCCCGUUUGGAUUCACCUUUUAAAAAGUCAAAUGAUUUUUGAAGCAUCAAAACAGUUUCUCAUUUUUGAAUUCUAGUUUUGUCAAACACAUUGUUUUGUUGCUUUUACCUUUUCUAACUCACUAUGGGAGCAAUAAGCUAAUUCUUAUACUCCCUCCGUCCCAAAAUGGUUGGCCAAAUUUCCUUUUUUGGCCGUCCAAAAAAGGUUGGCCAUUUCCAUUUAAAGUAAGGAAUAUGUGGUUAAAGUUAAUUCUCUCUCCUCUGCACAAAUUUCAACCACACAGUUUUUACUUUAUUAAUCCACGUGCAAGUCAACAUUGGCCAACCAUUUUGGGACGGAGGGAGUAUCAACCAACAAACUUUCAUUUUUCUGAAAAGUUUUUUUAAAAAAUGCCCAAACUCAAAACUGUUGAUAUCCAAUCACGUUUUACCAAACUAUGCUCAGAUGAUUAUAUGAAGUAAUGUUACAAGGCAUAUUAAUGAAUUUUUAUUUGAUGUGAAAAUUGAAAAGGUAAUUGAGAGUGAGUUAUCAAAGACAAUGGAAGGAGAGUCAAAUUGCAUGUUAGACAGAAGGGAGGCAGAAGAAUAUGGAGCAAUAAACUCAAUCACUGCCAAUAGCUCUGUUCCCAGUUCACCACCUUCAACUUCCAAGCAAAUUGAAAACUGUUCAGUGCCAUCUGCUUUUUCCCCUCAACAACCACAUCAGGUAAAGUUCUUUUGCCUUUAAGGCUAUAUUUGAAUCCCAAAAAUGCUAGAAAAGGGUAAAAGUAAAAAAAAAAUAUUGAUUUUUUUCUUGUGUUUGACUUUAAUUUGGAAACACAAAGAAAAAUGAAGCAUGUAUGACCAAGGUUUCAAUUUUUAGCAUUGGUUUAGUUUUUUAUAUAAUUUGCUAGAAAUAAACUAAAAAAUGAAUUUAAAUAAACAAUAAACGUACACUUUUUAAAUUUGAACUAGUAAUUUUUUUUUCGAACAAUUUUUUUCUUCCAUUUUUGUCCUUAUCAAAAGGAAUAUAAAUGUCAACUUCAUUUAUGUCCAACUUUUCGGAGUAGUUGAUUGGGUUGUUAACUAAAUGCACGUGUCAUUCUUUUUAAAAAAGUGUUCCUAAACAUCCCAUUCUUUUAUGCUGUGGUCUGGGGCACUUUAGCCUUCAUUUAAUUAAUGUCUGAAAAGUGCACCCAUAGACCAAUCUUUAAAAAUCUAGCCCAGCCAUUAUGAAUUUAUGAUGAACAAAUUGAAGUCUCGACACUUCCUACCGUAAAAAAAAAGUGCAUUUUUCAGUUUGAUUUGGUUACUUUAAUUACUAAGUAUUAAUUAUUUCAAAAGUAUACUAGUACUACUUUUUGACACUAAAAUUUAAUAAACUUCAUAUAUGUUAUUGACAUGUUUUUUUGGUAAAAAUGUUAUUGACAUGUUAUUGGUAGUUCAUGUUUGUUUUGAAAUCUGUUAAAGCAAAAGUGUAAAUUUGGAUGUUUUUGACAUGUUUUUAUUCACGGUUAGAAUGACCAGAACAACAUUAACAAACCAGAUUAGAUCAAAUUAGAUCAAACUUUGACAUUUGUAAAACAUAUAUAAACUUGAUUCUGCUUUUGUUUAUUUUAUAAAAACAAAAACAUAAUCAAAAUGAGUUUUUCAGAAGUUGAUCUCCCUAAAAUUCUAAAAAACAACUUUUAUGAGCAAUCUAAAGCAUCCAGAUGCAAUUUGAAGAAGUACUUAUACUCUUUCACUAAACACUCCAAUAUUUAUAUCAUCUACUUUCUAAAGGAGCAGAAACGGUUUUAGGAAAUUGAUUCAAACAGUCUCAUAUAUUCUUAUUCCUUAAUGUGUUCUUGCUUUCCUUUUUCAAAUACCCCAAAUUAAGUUAUGGAUUCAUAUUUUGAUACGUAGUAAUAUAUCACUUUUGUACUUCUCAACUCAUGAUAUGCGAAUGAGACAUCAUUAAUUAUAAAUUAUUUUUGAAAAAUGAAUAAAAAGUAUUUUUAUUUGAAACCACGUAAAUUCAUACAAACUUGAAGGGAUUAUCAAAGUGGAACUAACCAUUUAAUUUUAUGACAGGUAGGGGAGGAGGAAGGGAAAUGUUCGGGGCGUUGCAAAGCGAUGGUACGGAAGAUCAUAGAGCAAGUGAAAGAGGAGUCGGAGCAAUGGUCCGAAAUGCAGGAGAUGCUGGGUCGGGUCAGGGAUGAGAUGCACCAACUCCAUGCUUCUCGCCAUUUCUGGGAACUCCGAUCUCAACGAUCUUCUCGCCACAUCCAAUCUCUCCGCUUCGCCGUGGAAGAAUGGAAAGAGAGAGCACUUGCCUCCAAAGCUAAAGUUAAUGAGCUGGAGAUGCAGCUAUAUGCCGCUCAAGCCAGUCUUAAAAGGUUGAGGACCAGUGAAGGGGCCAGUACUGACAAGAGCAGAGAAUCAACAGUAGAAUCAACCCACAAUUCUCCCAAGAUUUCAUUAUCCAAACAGAUUGAGAAAGAAAUGGAUGUUUUAGAGACAGCUGAUGAAGAUAUGCCUCCCAUUUCCUUGGCCAAGCAAAUUAAGAAGGAGAAGAAGAAACACAUGAUGCUAUUGAGGCGUCUUACUAAAGGCAAUGAAAGAAGAAGAGCAGAGGCGCGUAGCGACGAAAGAUCGCCACUUCGAGAUGUGGCGAAUUCAUCAGCAUUGUUAGUAAGGCGGAACAACUUAGCGGUGUUCCCGUGGCGUAGUCCUGACCGGAUUAAGGCAGGGCAUUGCAUUUUGAAAGUCUAGCUAGUUCUGUGAAUCACUUGUGUAAGUGUGUUAGAAAUGAAAUCCAAAGUGCAGACAUGGGAAGAACUUGAAUUGUUCAUGCUCUUUCAUGGUAACCAGAAAUUUGUAUUAUAUUAAUUAAUCAUGUUUGAUUGCUCAACAAGCAGUUUAACCAUAGGAUGACAGCAAUCAAACUUCUAGUUGGCUUUUGGUCCAUCCAUUGAAAGGGUCAAAUGAAUCUUAGUUCACUUUAAAUGAUAAAAUUUCGCCUGGUGGUUUAGUCAGGAGGAAUAUAAUUUGGAUGCAGUUGGUGUAAAGAUCUUUGUAUACAGAUUCGAAAUUUCUACCGAAUUUAAGAUGUGUUAGAAGCUCGUAUGCCUCCUAACUAUGCCUCGAGCUGGGCUAUACUCCGCAACAGAUCGAAUUGGUAAAUAAUGGAAGAGAGAAUUCCUUAUAUAGGAGCAAAACAUAUGAAAAGUGCAAAAUAGGAGUGAGUUUGUAAAAUUCCUAAAAUAGGAGUAUUUUUUCUAAAUGGACAAAGAUGCCCCUCUCAUUGCUGCUGCCUGCUGCUACGUACUGUCGCCCACCGGAGUUCGCC